GCACUAUUUAACCCGUAUAAAAAAAUCUUUUUGUGUAAACAACACUUCUCCGUGGUCGUACUUACUGCAUGACCGGCCCCCCAACCAGAGCACAAAAUACAAACGAGCGAGGGAAGCGACGGACGGGAGACGUCGAGAUGGAGGGUAAGGCAGCGCUGGACGACGCCACGGAGCGCAAGAAGGCGCUGCUGGUAUACAAGAGUAACCUCCAGUCGGCCUCCGACGACGACGACGAUGCCUCAGACGAGGAAGAGGACGUGCCGGGUGUUAAGAGCGACGUGAGGGUUCCACCACCGCCAGCCAGAGUCGAGGACAUGGAGGCACCCCGAGGUCUAACGAAACAGAAUGUAGCCUUGGGUGAAGAGGACGACGAAGCGGAUGCGUAUGAGGAGGAGGAAGGCGGUGUACAGGUAGAGAAGGACGAUGACGAGUCACUCAACGCGCCAUCUGACGACGACUUGGACAGCACUGCGACACCGAGACGCUCCGAGACCGACGAAGACGAUGACGAGUCGCCUAAGAGAGCAGAAUCCCUUAACGCAUCAACCCCAGCUCUAGAGGAGAGGAACAAUAUGAAGAAUAUGCCAGCGCACAGCGAGACGGACUCGGCAUCGGAAGCAGCUGCGAACCGUGCGCCAUCGCCCAGUCCCAGCAAUGCUAGUGCCCAGCACGUGGACGACUCGACGACAUUGACGCUCAAAUCAGGCACCUCCAAUGUGGGAGCGAUCAUCGCAGCUCGCCGUCGCACUGUGGCUCGCAAAGAGUGCGAGGCAUGUCAUGAACCGCGCAAUGGGCGACGGGCGCUGCUGUGUCAGCAGUGCAAGUGCAUGUACCACACGAGCUGCUUCCGUCAGCAGUUCCCCAAACUAGUGCCGGCCGCCAAUCGCCAGUGGUAUUGUCCAGACUGCGAGCCAGCCGUCAAGACCGCUUCGACUGAGAAACCUCCUGCUAACACGCCCCGCAAGCAGCACCGCAGCGAUUUUUCUGCCAAAGGCCGAGCUAGUCGUGGUUCCAAGUCUUCUUCCUCUACAAACCGAGGCAAGGGUGAAAUUGAUGACAAGGCCGGGGUAGCAGGAGAUGUAACUGGUACUGCUGCUGAGACGGAGGUACAGCGCUUGACGGAUCUAGCUUUGCGCGGCGGGAAGAACAUCAACUCUACGAUACUGGAGCAGACAGGGGAGAUGUUACAUAUCACGCAGACUCUAACGAAGGAGAUCAACAGCGUCAUGGGCCCGAAUUGGCUUGAAUAUUCCAAUGGCGCUGGAAAUGGCAGUAUUCACGGUGCUAGCACUGGCAAUAACGACGUCAAACGUGAACAGCAACAUCAACAACAGGUCGAAUCUCCGCCCCCACCUCCGUUCCUGUUGGUUCCUGCAUCAUCAGCACACGCGUCUUCCGCUGCUUCUUCGCAGAUUGUUGCAACAAACGAUGCAAGUGCCAGUAACGGGAACAAUGCCGGAAUCUCAGAGAAAGAUGUACUUCUGCGUCGAGUGCACAAUGGCUUGGAUUCCUUGAAGCAGCUGCUGGAGCAGCUACAAGUUGCAGGCAUCCAGUUCGAGGUUGACUUUAUUAGGGAGGCUAAAGCAACUCCCAACCAAGAUCGCAAGUCUACAUCGGCCAGUGGAGCCAGAAAGCAGGCGACAGGAACGGCCGGUCGAUCUGCAUCGGGCUCGAAAGGAAAGAGUGGCGCAAGUCGCUUGUAUUCAUCGAAGCAGAUUCAGAAGCUGGAGGAAUGGUACCAGCGAUCCUCUCGACCCGAGUCUAGCGAGAUCCACUCGAUGUACCGCAUCAUCAAUUGUCCAGACUAUGCGGAUCCAGAGUUGCAACCGGAAGGCAUUUCAGUGAAGCAGAUCCGCAUCUGGUUUGACAACAGGCGUGCGAAGGAACGUCUGGACUACAUGCGCCUCAAGAUGAAGGACAUUUCUACUACUGACAUGGAUGCUGACAGUGUCAAGAAGAUGAAGGCUGCGUACAUCGACGAAGCCAAGGAAGUGCUUGAGGCGCGAGUGUCACGGAUGCGCGAGAAUGGACAGGGCUCUGGCCAUGUCGUUGAUGAAGCGGAUAUGGCUUUGAUUGCAAACACUGCAGACCAACCCAUGCACGGCAGAGCGCCUAAAGCAAUUCCAUGUGGAGGAUCGAUGAGAGAUGGGGUUGAUAGACCUCCUACUUCUGGAUCGAGCGUCCAGAAAAAGCGAAUUCGAAUCGAUCAUGUUGCUUCCGUGAGGAAGGCACUUAGGGACGCUCGUGACGCUGGCAAGAGCGAAGAGGAAACCAAAGCGUUACGUCUUGCUGCGAUCGAACGUGCUCGAGAGAGGUUGCAUGUUCCUUAUAAGAAUGCUCGCACUGGAGCGUCCAAACCGCUUGGAAAAGAGGAAGUCUCACACAUCAAGAUGAAGAUGCUGAAGAUGCUAGAGGAAGACGCAUCUGCUGAGGAACUCACGGACAUCAUCGAGUUGUUGCUGUCUCUUAUUAUCCCGCGCGCCGUGCUGAUUGAGUCAGGAAUACAGCGGCAGUUGGAAUUGGUUCUGAUUGCUCACAAGGAUAACAAGGAGCUUGUGCGACAGACGAAGAAGCUGCAAGACGAGUUUCAAUGGAUUGUGGAGAACGGAGAUGCCCCGAGUGUGGUGGCUGCGAUGGCUGGGGAGGCCAGUACUAACAAGAAGCGGAAGGAGAAACCACGGUCGCUACUGCUGAGUGUGGAUACCGAAUCUUUGCCUGGAACACCCGGAUCGUCGCCGAGUUCAGGCCCGACACCUUCACCAGAGUCGCGGCGACCGCGUGUUAAGUUCUCCCUGGCUCAGCUGGUGAAGCUUGAGAAGUACUUUCACAAGGAAGACACUCCGAGCAAGAAGAAAUUGGACAAAAUUGCGGCGCGUUUGAAUGCAAUCGCGUCUUCGGACCCGUCGAGCGAUGCGGCGCAGAGAUCUAUCGACUACAAGCAGAUUCGCUGCUGGUUCUACAAGCGACGGUCUGCAAAUCAACCGCCUCAAGCCUUGAGUGGUGCGGAUCUGCAUAUUGAUGACGCCGCCUCGAGCUCGUCUAGCUCCAGUGAUACAGAGUCGGACAACGAUACUAAAUCGGAAAAAGGCUCCAAGUCCCGCGCCAAGUCGAAGUCAAAGACAUUGGCCAUUGCUCCUGGUGGGUCUGGUGCGAAGCGUAAAGCUGCUGUGAGUGACGAUAAAAGUAACGCUAAGCGUUCUAAAACGGAGACUCCUAACGUCCAUACUGCAGCUACAGAGACGACAGAAACAGUCAGUAGAAGCGACGAAGACUCCGCCGGAAGUGCACAAGCAGGACGGAUCUUCAACGUGAAGCAGCUCGCAACAAUAAUCGAAGAGUACGAAAAGAACCCACGGCCGACUGUGGCUCGACUGGAGGAGUUGCUGAAGGUGCUGAACCAAGAUGAUCAUACGGACGAGUACUCUGGGAAUGCACUUGGAGUGACGAAGCAGCAGAUCAAGACGUGGUUCUCUAACCGCCGCGCAAAGGAGCGUCUUGACCUUAUUAAGAUGAAGAUCAAGGAGACGCGUGCAGGCCUCCAGGGGAGCAGUGAGUCGGACUCGGACGAUGAUGAACUCGAAGAAACGGAAUCGAUGCCUACAAUUGCGCUUCCAGCCACCUCUGGUGAAAGGCGAACAGUAGUUGACGAGGCAGAGGAUAUGAAAGUUGAUGCAUGAAUAGGUCGGUCAACCAUGCUCAGUUCUGAGGCUCUAAUGUGCUUUUUACCCCCUUUUCUAUGGAUAAUCCAUUGUCUAGUUCAGUUGGGGCCGACGUAGUUCAUCGAUGGCCACUGGCAAUUUGACUGUGU